AUGCAGUGGUUCUGCUGGCAUGUGGCAGCGAAGAUGAGCCUAGGAUUUCUGUGUCUUUUUCUGGUUUUCAGCACAGCUUCGUGCAUAAGAAGAGAAAAUAAGAAAGAGAAACAAGUGGCAGUGCUGGCUACUGCAGAGCUGCCUGCAAAGUCUCUGGACCUGGCUGCUAUUAACCUGACGGAGUUGGUGAAUGGGAUGCUGAGCUCUGCACUCAGAGGUACCAAAAAACUGUUCUCUUUGUUGAGUGUCACGUCUUACAGCUCAUUCGCCUUCCACAAAGUGUCAGUCACCAUUUAUAACAUCUCUAAUGCAAAAAAUGUUGACCCUGGCAAGUUCCCUAUGCACUACUGCUACUGUUUGAACAAUGUGACAAAUGACUUGACAGAUUUUACAGCUUUACUUGUUGAUGUCAUUGGAAACUCCACCAGUUAUCUCACAGAAAUUUUUAAAUCCACUUCUAUUCUCUCAGUACGUCAGAGCAAUGACUCAGAUUGUAUCUAUAUCUGUGUGAUGACAGGGCAGACAGGGAAAAAUCUGUCUGACUUUUGGGAAAUAUUAGAGAAGUCUCCUGUCAUUAAUUACACAUUUUCCAGUAACACAUCAUCUGACCUGGACCUAGAAUCGAUUUUCUCAAGUUUCGUGAAAUUACAGGAAGAGCCAAACAAGACUCUGGAUCCAUCAGCAGAACAUGUGUGGACAUUUAAAACCACCAGGAUCCCUCUUGCCCAGAAAGGGGAGGAAAUCCCCACCACGAGGUUCCCACCAUGGCCAAAGACAGCUGGAGCAAAAGGAUCGUGGUUUCCAUCACCCCAUGUGGAAGCUUCCAGAUCACAAGGCACAGCUGGAUCCCCUCCUACUCCUGGGAGGAGCUCAGUCCCAUCCCCAGCCCCACAGCCCAGCCCCACGUGUCUCUCUGUUCCCAUAGCUGACAUGCCCAUGUUUUGGAUGCAGACAGUGUCUCUACAAGAAACCAGCAAACAGAUGCAAACAGAGCCAGAUUUACCUUCCUCAGUACUGUCUAUGCCACCCUCCUACAGACCUGGUGUGACACUGAAACUUUACUCAGCAACCAGGUGCCCACAGGCAAUCCUCAGAGAGCCCCGUGUGACCUCCCCUCCUGUCACUCUUAUAGUGCAGAAGAUCAACCCCUGUGUGAUGGAGCUCUGUAGGUUCUUUCAGCUGUGCCUCUGUGUUGGUCAGAGAAGAUAUUCCAGAAAGGAAGCCAUGAGGUACUGUGUUGAAUACUAUUCCUGGUUUGUGAAAAAUGCAAGUUAUGUCUGUGAAAGAGUCAAAAGAGUUACUUACUCCCACACCUUAAAGCAAAAAUGCCUCAAAAACAUCUGUGCAUCAGUUUAG